AAACGUUUUGUCCUUUGAUAAUUUUUGCUGAUAACUAGUUGUGCACGUUGUCUAAAGCGAGCAGUGACGUUUUCACCGUUAACAUGAAUUCUCGUUUCUGCAUAUUUAUUCUUCUCUAUUUCGCGGGAUAUUUGCAUUACGGAUCUUUGAACAAUGAAGUACAAAGGAUCAUUAAUGGAUUAGACACCAAUAUUAAUUUAGUUCCCUAUGUGUUGUCGCUGAGGUUAAAGGAUAACCAUGUGUGCUGUGCUGCUAUAAUAAACAAGGAAUGGGCUGUGACAGCAGGUCACUGCAUGAAAAUAACUGACGAUCCUAUGAAAGAGAUUACCUUGUGUAGUGGAUCUUCUAUUCUUUAUGAGAAUUGUACCGUUCAUAACAUAAUCAACUUUUUCAUACACGAAAACUUUGACAACGACAUCAAUGACUAUGACAUCGCUGUUAUGAAAGUAACACCUGCAUUCAUAUAUAAUGAGCAUACGAAAGCGGUUGACUUGGCAUCAAACGAAAAUGUUCAUAGGAAAUGGGGUACAGUCUGCGGUUGGGGGUACUAUCGGAAAGUCCAAGGUGUUAUCGAUCCAGUUCUGGCGAAAACUCUACAGUGUGUAGUAGUACCACGAAUAAAUAAAUGGACAUGCCAAAAAGAUUAUGCAAACAGAUAUAUAGUGACAUCUCGAAUGACAUGUUAUGGAUUUCAGGAGGGGGGCUUAGACGCUUGUCAAGGUGAUUCGGGAGGGCCAAUAGUGAAUACUGACAAUAUCCUCCUCGGUAUAACUUCGUGGGGAGACGGUUGUGCUGAAAAGAAUUCGCCUGGUGUAUACACAGAUGCAAUAUUACUUCGAUAUUGGAUUAGAAGUAAAACCGGCAUGGAAAGUUAAAAAAUUUACUGUUGUAAUGCAACGUGCAGGCAAACUGCACACAUCAACGCCAGACAUACUGCGGUGUCUCUACUAGUACAGCAAUUCAAACGCAAUUGGAGAAAUUCUGGUAUAUAGAAGAAGUAAUCCAACCAACCUGCCAUUCACAGGAAGAAAUCCAAUGAACAAACUUUGUUUACAACCGUAUUUAAUGCAGGCUGGUUGCUCUUAUCUAACAAAGGCAAUUAUAAUCAAUUUAAGCAGCGAGAAAGUGACGUACUUAUCGCGAUUCAGGAGACAAAUACAAUGCCCGUUAUUCGAGUACUCGUUUUUUCGCUAUGAAUAUUUUUGAGUG